CGAGUAGAAGAGUGCUGUUAAGCGCACGAAUCGCUGGCAGCAAAAACAAACUGAAAAUAUAAUAAUCUUCGGAGUUUUUCAUCACUAUUUAGUGAAAAUACUAAUAACCAGGAUGCAAAAGUACGAUAAGAUGGAAAAGAUCGGUGAGGGCACCUACGGCACGGUGUUCAAGGGACGCAAUCGCGACACCAUGGAGAUAGUGGCCCUGAAGCGGGUGAGACUGGACGAGGACGAUGAAGGUGUACCUAGCUCAGCCCUCCGGGAAAUAUGCCUCCUAAAGGAGCUAAAGCACAAGAACAUUGUGCGCCUCAUAGACGUACUGCACUCGGACAAAAAACUCACCCUGGUAUUCGAGCACUGCGACCAGGACCUCAAGAAGUACUUUGAUAGUCUCAACGGGGAAAUCGACAUGGCCGUCUGCCGGAGCUUUAUGCUCCAGUUGUUGCGCGGACUGGCCUUCUGCCACAGCCAUAACGUUCUACAUCGUGAUUUAAAGCCGCAGAACCUUUUAAUCAACAAAAAUGGAGAGCUAAAGCUUGCCGACUUUGGUCUGGCUCGAGCCUUUGGAAUUCCCGUUAAAUGCUACUCUGCAGAGGUGGUGACCUUGUGGUACCGACCACCUGAUGUCCUAUUUGGAGCCAAGCUUUAUACUACCAGCAUAGACAUGUGGUCGGCCGGAUGCAUUCUCGCAGAACUGGCGGACGCAGGACGACCGCUGUUUCCCGGUUCUGAUGUACUUGACCAGCUAAUGAAGAUCUUCCGAGUGCUGGGCACCCCUAACGAGGAUUCAUGGCCGGGAGUUUCGCACCUAUCCGACUAUGUGGCGCUUCCAUCCUUUCCGGCAAUUACCUCGUGGAGUCAAUUGGUGCCUAGGCUGAACUCUAAGGGACGGGAUCUAUUGCAAAAACUGCUCAUCUGUCGGCCAAAUCAGCGGAUUAGCGCCGAGGCGGCCAUGCAACACCCCUACUUUACGGACAGCAAUCACUGAGAUAACCCCUAGCCUCUAUCCGGGCGACUCUUUCCACGUACUUUGAUUAGAAUUAAGCCGAAAGACUAACCUGGUCCAGCUAUGAAUGUGUGGAGUGUCAGCAGAUCUUUAAUUUAUAUUUAUGCACUAGAUGUCGAUGAUACACGAGUAUAAACGGACAUUUAUAUUUA